UACGACGUUGUCACAGCUUCCGUGUUUUUGGUUUGUUUCUGGUCUCUGUAAUGUACAUGUGGGUCUACUGGAGAGACUUAAUAAUAAACAGCAGGUCAGGCUGAGCUGAGUGGUGAGUAUGGAACCUGCCGUUGUGGAACCGGGAUGUAUGGAACCUAGCAGUAUGGAACCUAGCAGUAUGGAACCUAGCAGUAUGGAACCUAGCAGUAUGGAACCUAGCAGUAUGGAACCUAGCAGUAUGGAACCUGCAGGUGUGGAACCUAGCAGUAUGGAACCUAGCAGUAUGGAACCUGCAGGUGUGGAACCGGGAAGUAUGGAACCUGCAGGUGUGGAACCGGGAAGUAUGGAACCUGCAGGUGUGGAACCGGGAAGUAUGGAACCUGCCGGUGUGGAACCUGGCAGUAUGGAACCUGGCGGUGUGGACAGUCUGAGGGAACCGACCAGUGUGCAACCAGACAGCGGUGUGGAACCGGCCAGUGGUGUGGAAACCGCCAGUGUUGACAGUCUGAAGGUUCUGUAUCAGAGCUGUGACUACAUCAUAGUGGAUAAGCACUGGGACAUCCGCAUCGACAGCAAGAUGUGGUACGAGAAACACACUGUCCAGAAACAGUUGGGACUCCGCUUCCCUGAGCUGGCCGACCCUGGGACGUACUAUGGAUUCAGGUUCUGUCACCAACUGGACUACUCCACCAGUGGGGUUCUGUGUGUGGCUCUGAACAAGGCUGCUGCUGGCCGGGUCUACCACUGUUUUAAAGACCGCAGAGCUACCAAGGUUUACCUAGCACUGGUGAGAGGCUGGGUAGAGGAGGAGAAGAUGACUAUAGACUUCUCCAUCGGUGAAAACACCACAGAGGGAAGAACACACAUGAUGUGUAUCCAAGGAACAGACGGUUGUGAGAACCCCAAGCCCUGUCAGUCUCAGCUCACCGUGUUGGAGUACGGAGAUUAUGAUGGAGACCCUGUUACCAAGGUGGUGCUGCAGCCUCUCACAGGUCGUACCCACCAGCUGAGGGUUCACUGUGAGGCGGUAGGGCACCCCAUCGUAGGAGACUACACCUACAGCCUGGGAGAGGACAGCGCCCCCUAUCGCAUGAUGCUGCACGCACACCUCCUACACCUCCCCCUGGAGCCGCUCCCCCUGCAGGCCGCUGCCCCCGACCCCUUCACCACGCCCACUGACCCUCGCUGGCGCCCGCAGCGCUGCCUCCGGACUGUAGAGGGAGUCGUGGAGACCCUGCUGGAGCACAGGGCGGCGGAGGAGAGGACAGAGCGGGAGGAGAAGAAGAGACAGCAGGAGGAGAGGAGCAGGCAGCAGGAGGAGAGGAGGAAGAGGUGGAGGGGGAGAGAGGAGAGUGAGGAGCAGAGGAGGAUGUGUCAGCAGUGGUUGUCUGAGUGGACUGAUGUCUGAAUUCUCCUUCUCCUCUCUCCAUCCCCCUUCUCCUUCUCCUCUCUUCAUCCUCAUCCCUUCUCCUCUCUCCAUCCCCGUUCUCCUCCUCUCUCCAUCCCC